AUGGUGACGGUGAUGUUGAUGGGGUUGGAUAAGGUGAAAGUGUUGGUGAUGGUGAUAGUUAUGGUGGUAGUGAUGGUGAUGUUGAUGUUGAUGUUGCUGGAUAAGGUGGUAGUGAUAGUGAUGGUAAUGGUGUUGGAUAAGAAGAUAGUGAUGGCGAUGUUUAUUUUGAUGGUGUUGAAUAAGGUGAUAAUGAUGGUGAUGGUGAUGGUGAUGGUUAUGGUGAUGAUGAUGGUACUGGUGAUGAUGAUGGUGAUGGUGAUGGUGAUGGUGAUGGUGAUGUUUUUGGUGAUAGUGAUGGUGCUUCACAAUGUGAUAGUCAUGGUGACGUGA